UGCAUUUAGGAGAUUAUAACAAAGCAUGAAAUUUGAUUUUUUUGAAGCAACACAAACUCUUUGGUUAAGUGAUGGCAUUCACACUAGAGAGAUGUGAAGAUAAUAAUAUGGUGUUCACAAUGGAGUCUCAAAAAUCAGUGCCUGCUCCAUUCUUGAUAAAGACAUAUCAACUUGUUGAUGAUCCUUUAACUGAUCACAUUGUAUCUUGGGGUGAUGAUCAAACUACAUUUGUUGUUUGGAGACCUCCUGAGUUUGCUAGAGAUCUUCUUCCCAAUUUUUUCAAGCACAACAACUUCUCAAGUUUUGUUAGACAACUAAAUACCUAUGGUUUCAAGAAGGUGGUUGCUGAUAGGUGGGAAUUUGCAAAUGAAUACUUCAAAAAAGGAGCAAAACAUCUUUUAUGUGAAAUACAUAGAAGAAAAACCCCUCAACACUAUCAACAACAAUACUAUGAACAACAACAACAACAUUUUCAACAAGAUGAAAGUAUAUGUUGGAUUGAUACAUCAUUACCAUCUCCAAAAUCAUCAACAGGAACUGAUAUCUUAACAGCACUUUCUGAGGACAAUCAAAGACUUAGGAGAAAGAAUUUCAUGCUUUUAUCAGAACUCACUCACAUGAAGAAUCUUUACAAUGAUAUUAUAUAUUUUAUUCAAAACCAUGUGACCCCUGCAACACACUUUGAACAAAGGAGCAAUAAUAAUAAGAUUGUAGAAUUGGAUUCAGCAACUAAAAUAUCAACAAAUGAUGCUACUCAUCAGUUUAAGGAUUGUAAUACUUCUGUGAAACUAUUUGGUGUUCCUCUUUGUGGAAAAAAGAGAUUGCAUCCAGGUAAUGUUGAUUAAUUAAUUAAUUAACAACAAUAAUUAGUUUUUCAUGUUAAGAGUUUUCCAUUAUCAUUGUUAUAAAUGUAUUGGAUAGCUCUGAUUUUUUUUUUUUUGUUGACAUUUGAAGAGAAUAUCUUUUCAUGUAUAGCUGAGGCUGAUAUUUUU